AAUACAUUUUCGAGAUAAGUAGAAAUAAUUAAGACUGACUAAAUGAGGGCUCGAUUAAUCACGAGAUAAUCAAUUCCUAUCACAGUGUAAUAAUAAAUUGCAUUUUUGUUUCAUUUUGUAAUGGAAAGUACCCGCGGGUGCUGACCUGAGAUCAUUGUGCGCGUUCUCGUCUCGCCUGUUGUGUGGCUUGUGCGCGAGAACUAAAUCUGAUCCCAGAUCAUCUGAAGUUUUAAAAACGCAGACGAGCUCCUGAUUCCAUAGCUGCGCCGCGCGAUGCAUUCUGGUAGUAGUUGAAAGAUUCAAGAUGGCGGCGAGCAGGAGACUACACAAGGAGCUUGAAGAAAUCCGCAAAUCUGGGAUGAAAAAUUUCCGUAACAUUCAAGUCGACGAAUCAAACAUUUUGACAUGGCAAGGCCUCAUUGUUCCAGACAACCCUCCAUAUGACAAAGGGGCAUUCAGGAUCGAGAUCAUCUUCCCUGCAGAAUACCCUUUCAAACCACCCAAGAUCACAUUCAAAACGAAGAUCUACCACCCCAACAUUGACGAGAAGGGACAGGUCUGCCUGCCUGUCAUUAGUGCAGAGAACUGGAAACCAGCCACCAAAACUGACCAAGUAAUUCAGUCGCUCAUUGCCCUGGUGAACGACCCACAGCCAGAACAUCCUCUGAGGGCCGACCUAGCAGAAGAAUACUCAAAAGACCGUAAAAAAUUCUUUAAGAAUGCAGAAGAGUUUACAAAGAAACACGGCGAAAAGCGGCCAGUGGACUAACAAUAACCAGACAAGUGUGUAGCCCCAGACCCCUCCUACUCCUCCGAUCCUCUUCCCCUCGCUCUACCUCCUUCCUCCGACACCCAAACAAUAUCCUCUACCCCUUCCUCCCUCCCUCCCGCUUUCCUCCUUCUCCUCUCCUUUCCAUGUGUCACUCUAGUCGAGCUGGAGAAGUUCAGCGCAGCUGCAUCCUCCGUCUUGAAGCAGGACGCCGCGAGGACAUCCGAUCUGAGUUUCUGGUGUUAGCUUGAGGCCCUUACUAACUUUCUACUAUUGUUUAUUUUUCCUUUCUCAACUUUGAAAGCAUCAAUAUUUGGUUAGAGGCUAACUUAAGACAAAGAAGUUGGAAAUUGUAAAAGGCGUUUCAGUAACAAAUGCUGUUCGACCCUUUUGUAAUGAGAAAAUGAAUCAUUGCAUUAUUACACAAAACUUUCAAAAAUUACUUUUGGAAGUGACACUUCAUUUAAAACAAAGAUGGGUUGUAAUUUAUCAUGUACAUUGUUAUUAUUAUUAUUAUGAUGUUGUUCCCUUUUCUUACAUUUGUGCUCUUUGAUUUCCGCAAAACAAAAAAGGAGACGUAAUGGAGGUUAUUUCAUAUAACAUUUUUACUUUCACUGCACUUCUUGGGUUGCACAGUAUGUGUAAGGAACCGGCUACUUUCAGCCCUUUACCAAGCCUCGAAUCGGCAAAACCACUGUAAAGUCCAUAACUAAAAGUGCAGAGAUUGCUAUGAAAUACAUUUUUGUUUCACAAAUGAAAAAAGGAAUGAUGAAAACAACGCUCUUUGUGUGAGUGAACGUAAUUUUCCAUGAUGAUCACUAAUUUUAAACAUCUCUUUUAACAUGUUUCAUAGGAAAUCCUUGUAUGUUUGGGUUUAAUCAUGGAAACGGCCCCUAGAUUUACUGAGAUGUACGCUACUGAGAAUUAUUAUUAUUCCCGUUUUUUCCCAACACAGAAUAAACGCAGUAGUUGACCGUGAGUUUUCUAGAACAUUCUCUACAGUUUCUUUAAAGGAUAUCAUUCAUUCUGUCAUAUUCCAUUUUUACGCCGCUCUUUAUAAUGCAAAGAGGUUCUUCGGGCUUUCUCUAGUUCAAGAUAUUUCAGUAAUAUUUGCUCAUGCUUUGGGGCAGGGGGAGUCUCUCACAGAAUGCCUUGUUGAAAACUUAUUUUCAUGCAUCAUCAGACUUCAAAAAUGCUCCACAUUUGUACACCAAAAUAAAGUUAUAACAAGUAAUGUUACACUCAAACGUUGCCUAAAUUCACUUCUGAUCUGGUUAGGGUUUUCAUAUCAAAAUCGACCAAACCGAUAAGUUUUCUAAGAUUCCCCAAUUGAGCAUUUAGUGAUUGUGUAACCUGAAUAUAUUAGCAUUAGUAAACUAUAUAUUUAUGAGGACUACUACUUAAACCCUAAACUGUUGCUUCAAUUACAGCUUUUUCUUAGUAGCCUGAAACAUACAGGUUAUAAACAUGUUAACCCUAAUAUGUGACAAAACGUUGAACUCACCAAAUAAAGGCUAUUUUGACCUA